AUUCUAAGCAUCUUCUCAUCUCUGAGGUAGAUCAUGAAGUAAAUUCUGGACCAAUGAAUAUCCAGUUUGAUUCAUCAGAUCUAAGAUCCAAAAGGCCUUUCUAUAUAGAGCCCACAAACAUCGUCAAUGUGAAUAAUGCCAUUCAGAGGGUUAGCGACCAUGCCUCUGCCAUGAACAAGAGAAUUCAUUACUACAGCCGGCUCACCACUCCUGCAGACAAGGCACUGGCUGGAUUUACUACUGGAAUGUGCGUCAUCAUACUGAUGGGCCUUUUAACGCUUUAUUGCUGCUACAGGGUAGUGAAAUCACGGACUAUGAUAUCUUCAUUGGAUACAACUAUGUGGGAGUAUCCAGAUGUCUGCAGAUAUUAUUUUGGCUCCUUUGGGCAGUGGUCAAGUCUCCUUUUCUCCUUGGUGUCUCUCAUUGGAGCAAUGAUAGUUUAUUGGGUGCUUAUGUCUAAUUUUCUUUUUAAUACUGGAAAGUUUAUUUUUAAUUUUAUUCAUCACAUUAAUGACACAGACACUGUGCUGAGUACCAAUAAUAGCAACCCUGUGAUUUGUCCAAGUGCCGGGAGUGGUGGCCAGCCUGACAAUAGCUCUAUGAUUUUCUAUGCCAAUGACACGGAAAUCCAACUGUUUGAAAAGUGGUGGAAUAAGUCCAAGACGGUGCCCUUUUACCUUGUAGGACUCCUCUUGCCACUGCUCAAUUUCAAAUCUCCUUCAUUUUUUUCAAAGUUUAAUAUCCUAGGCACAGUAUCCGUUCUCUAUUUGAUUUUCCUAGUCACCUUGAAGGCUGUUCGCUUGGGAUUUCAUUUGGAAUUUCACUGGUUUAUACCAACAGAAUUUUUUGUACCAGAGAUAAGAUUUCAAUUUCCACAGCUGACUGGAGUACUUACCCUUGCUUUUUUUAUUCAUAAUUGUAUUAUCACACUCUUGAAGAAUAACAAGAACCAAGAAAACAAUGUGAGGGACCUGUGUAUUGCUUAUUUGCUGGUGACAUUAACUUAUCUCUAUAUUGGAGUCCUGGUUUUUGCUUCAUUUCCUUCACCACCAUUAUCCAAAGAUUGUAUUGAGCAGAAUUUUUUAGACAACUUCCCUAGCAGUGACACCUUGUCCUUCAUUGCAAGGAUAUUCCUGCUGUUCCAGAUGAUGACUGUAUACCCACUCCUAGGCUACUUGGCUCGUGUGCAGCUAUUGGGCCAUGUCUUCGGUGACGUUUAUCCUAGCAUUUUCCACGUGCUGGUUCUUAAUCUAAUUAUUGUGGGAGCUGGAGUGAUCAUGGCUUGUUUCUACCCAAACAUAGGAGGGAUCAUAAGAUAUUCAGGAGCAGCAUGCGGCCUGGCCUUUGUAUUCAUAUAUCCAUCACUCAUCUAUAUAAUUUCCCUCUACCAUGAAGAGCGUCUGACGUGGCCUAAAUUAAUCUUUCAUGUUUUCAUCAUCAUUUUGGGUCUCGCUAACCUGAUUGUUCAGUUUUUUAUGUGAAAUAUUCAACCGUUUUCUCAAGAUCUUUCAUGGCAUUUUGAACCUUGACAACAGUUCUACAUAAAUUCACUUGUAAAUGCUGUUGUUGCCGUAAUUUUAAGUGUUUUCUAAUAUAAUUUGAAAGCAAGGGAAAAUAGUAGUCCACUAAGUAUUUUUGAUAUGGGUGGGGAAAGGGGCCAGAAGAAUGACCUUAGUCUCUUUACCUUUCUCAUUUACUCACCUCUUCAUUCUCAUUGUCAUUUCUGAGUAGAAAUGUCUGCCCUCGGAAAAGUCACACUGGGUUUUGC